CCUAAAUUGGAACCAACUAAACCAUUUUCAGUAUUCUGGAAUGUGCCGUCGUUUGUGUGUGAAAGCAGGACCCCCUUCAACUUUACUGGUUCUGGCAUAACACAUAAUGCGAAAGAUGCCUUUAUCGGUGAUGAAGAUGCUAUAUUUUAUAAUCUUGGAUUAUUUCCUCAUUUAGGAAAUCCUAAUGUAAAUGGUGGUAUACCACAGUUAGGUGAUCUGGCAAAGCAUUUGAUAAUGGUAGAGAGUAACGUCUUAAAACUUUUACCAAACCCAAUGUUCCAUGGAGCAGGUAUCAUAGAUAUGGAAUCAUGGCGACCAAUAUGGGUCACAAAUUUUAGCAGUCUUAGAAAAUACCAAAGUGCGUCUAUCAACUUGGUGAAGCAACAGCAUCCAUCCUGGACAAACAAAACACAAAUCAAUAGCGAAGCAGAGAAGCAGUUUGAAACGAGUGCAAGAAGUUUUAUGUUACGUUCCAUAGAGAAAGUCAGACAGCUCAGACCCCAGGGAUAUUAUGGUUACUAUGGAUAUCCUAGAUGUUGGGGAAGACCGACCGGUCUAGAUAAAACCUGUCCAAUUGGCAUAACCUCUCAAAUCAAUGAUAAGCUAGGAUGGUUGUUUAGUGCCAGUAAUGCUCUAUAUCCACGAAUAUAUUUUAAUCCAGUAGCUAAUAGUCAGGACUCAAUACAUAAUGAUAUUCGUCGUAUCCUGAAUGAAACAGCCAGGGUUCAAGCCAAGUUCUCAGGACUUGAUGCACCAAUUUUACCAUACGCCGUAUUUCAAUCUGGUUUACAUUUUUUCAAUGAGACAGACCUUGAUCUUGCCAUACGAGAACCAGCUGAUAUGGGAGCUGCCGGCGUAGUCUUCUGGGGUAGCAGUUCCAUGUUUCAUAUUCCAAACGAAUGUGCCAAAAUGAACGACUACAUACAGCAUGUUCUUGGACCAUACAUCAUUAAAACGGAAAAGUUCUUUCAGAACUGUACUCAGGUGAACUGUAACGGACAUGGUCGCUGUAUCCGAAAGGAUUACUUCCAGAUGGCACAAGAGAAUCUUCGGGAUGGUGAUCAUUGUAAACUAAAAGAAGAAGAAAUGAAGGAGAUUGGAAAUAACAAGAGCAAUGCAAAUGAAUUUAAAGCAUCCUAUGCUUGCAGAUGUUUUGAUGGUUGGAAAGGUUCCAAAUGU